UCCAUUCCGGCCAAAUAGAAUGGAAACGAGUCGGCUGGAAUAAGUCGAAGAAUUUAUUUGGGAGGAGCUUUAAGCACAUUGUAGUUUGAUUUUCUUCCUCAGUUCACACCAAGACAAAGAAAGGUUAGAGGGAGGAGCAUUUCCGAAAAAAAAGUGUUUCGGAAGUGAGGCAUUGCCAGUUUAAAUGGUAAAUGCUGUUGCAGUUGGCUUAAGGGGUUGAUACAGGAUUGGACUCAGUUUAUGUCUAAUGCAACAACGUUUGUAUUUGUUGCAACUCAGGCCAACCAUUUGCUGUCUGUUACUUUUUGGUUUAAAAAAUAGGAAAUUCAAGUAAACUGAUGCCAUUUGGGUGGGCGGGCCGCUCUCUUUCCUUCUGCUUCGGUGUACGUGUGAGAGAUGGACCUUCACAUCUUGGAGCACCGGCUGCGGGUAACCAGCCUCAGCAAAGCCGGGCUAGAGCGCUACACGCACGGCCUCAUCAAGCUGCUCUUCCUGCGGGACAGGACGAGGUGUAAGUUCUUCAGCCUGACGGAAAUGACUGAUGACUACACACUGGUAUUAGACGAAGAGGGAUUUAAAGAGUUGCCGCAAACAGAUUUUCUGCAAGUAGGAGAAGCCACCUGGCUGGCACUGAAUGUCGUGUCCAAUGGUCAUUCUUCAACCAGCUCCCAGACGGUUGGCGUGACGAAGAUAGCGAAAUCCGUGAUUGCUCCACUAGCCCAACAUAACGUUUCGGUGUUUAUGUUGUCGACGUACCAGACAGACUUCAUAAUGGUGAGGGAGAGUGAUUUACCAGCAGUCAUUUGCACUCUGUCGGAAGAGUUCAGUAUUUACAAGGAGGAAAAUGGUGAAUCAGUCCCAGUCGACAGCGGCUGUGUCACAAAUGGCUUUGUAAAGCCCAAACAUGCUACCAGCCCCACAGUUCACCCAGUGCUGAGUCCCAAGAACCAAUUCUGUGUCAUGAGUUUGGGCCCAGAUACUCUUCCUACCAUUGCCACUAUUCUCAUGGAUGUCAUGUUUUAUUCUGCAAGUUUGAAAGCUCGAUCUGCAGAUCAGGAUCUUGACUACAUCCGUUUCUUUUCUUUCUCUUUGAUUGACGGCUACAUUUCCAUUGUGGUUGACACACAGACACAGAAACGAUUCCCCAGCAACCUGCUUCUCACGAGUGCAUCGAGCGAGUUAUGGAGGAUGGUGCGGAUAGGUGGUCAACCACUGGGAUUUGAUGAAUGUGGGAUCGUUGCACAGAUCUCUGAGCCUUUAGCGAAUGCUGAUAUUUCUGCGUACUACAUCAGCACCUUCAACUUUGACCAUGCCCUGGUGCCUGAAGAAGAUAUUGAUAAUGUAAUCACAAUGCUGCAGAGACGUCAGAACAAUGACAGAUAGCAGAUGUCCUCUGAUUCAGUGUUUACAGUGGCUUUGUCAUCAAGUUGAUGAGUGAAAUUUGAAGAUCAGGAAUCGUUCUGUCCAUGAACUCUAAACAGACACUUAUGCCAACAAUCUUCUGCAGUAUUUAGUAGCUAAGCAGUUUAUUUAGAGUAGGAUCAGCUAACUUUCUUCGGGAAAAUAAAUCUGUUUACUACUUCAAUGAUUGAACUCCUAUGCGCAGUUCUGAUAAUUUCUAAUUAUUGUUUUUGCACUUACACCUUGAAUGUGUGGCAGGUCUUAUUUUGGAAGACCUGCAGAAUUGCCCCAAAUGUAACUUGAGGGCAGAUUCAAUCUGUUGAGAGAGGUAGAAGACUGUGCAAUGUAAGUAAGGUACAGGCUUAAAAUAUUUGUUACAUGCCUCUGAUCCAGUGGCUUCUAUAGAAAAGUGCAGUUGGGAGUGAUAGAGGCUUGUAGGUUUACUGUGGUAUGUUAUUGUACUGGUUUGUUUUUUCUUUGAGUCCCAAGUAUGUCUUUAACAGAUCAUAUUGUUAAUUUUUCGCACAAGUUUUAUUUUGUUAUACCUGGACAUGAGGUGUUAUCACAUGCUUGCCAUUAUGACUCUCCAAGAUGUGCAUUGCAGCGGUGAAAGAUCUACAUAUGAUACACUUCGGUUUUCUCAGGAGGAAAGGGAAGCAUAAAGUCAGCAUGUUUCCAUAUAUUCUCCUCGUUUUUUAGACUUCAAUGUUUUUACUUGGAGUGUGGGCUGGUGUUUUAGCCACACAGGGUGCUAAAGUCUGACGGGAAGUUUCUCUUUUAUGUUAUGAAGUGCGUGGCCCUGGAAUUGGGAUUUAAAAUGCUGGACAGACUUUUGGCUGGAUAAAUGUAAACUGAUAUUUGGGAUUAAGUCUUUAUUAAAAUAAGAACUGAU